UGGCUAUUGUAAGUAAUGCUACAAUAAACAUAGGGGUGCAUAUAUCUUUUUAAAAUAGUGUUUUCAUUUUCUUUCCAUGAGUUACAUCAAUGGAAUUACUGGAUCAUAUGGCAUUUUUGCUUUUAAGUUUUUUGAGGAACCUCCAUACUGUUUUCCAUAGUGGCUGUACCAAUUUACAUUCCCACCAACAGUGCACGAGGGUUCCCUUUUCUUCACAUUCUUGCCAACACUUGUUAUUUCUUGUAUUUUUUUAUUAAAACAUUUCUUUUUUUUUUAUUUUUAUUUUUUUUUUAACAUUUAUUUAUUUUUGAGACAGAGAGAGACAGAGCAUGAACAGGGGAGGGGCAGAGAGAGAGGGAGACACAGAAUCUGAAACGGACUCCAGGCUCUGAGCUGUCAGCACAGAGCCCGACGCGGGGCUCGAACUCACGGACCGCGAGAUCAUGACCUGAGCCGAAGUCGGCUGCUCAACUGACUGAGCCACCCAGGCGCCCCUCUUGUAUUUUUUUAUAAUAGCCAUUCUGACUGGUGUGAGAUGAUUGUAGUGUUGUUAAUUUUAGCAGUAGGGAGCCCUCACUUUGCAGUUAUAUAAAUCUUGAGAUAUCCUGUAAUCUCUUUGAAGACAGUAAUCAUGUCUUAAAGAAUUUUAUAUAACCCUAAUAGUAUGUUGCAUGGAGUAAGUACUUAAUAGGGUUAGAUGGAUUGAUGUAAGAAAAGUGUUGAUUGAUGAUUGAAAAUAAAAGUAUUUUCUUUGGUACUUAUAUUCAUAAAUGGGACUGAAAAUGAUUGCUCUGUUUCAAACUCUUAGUUCCAAAAGGAGGCACAGGGAUCUUAAACUACUUAUACUUCUUAAUUGUUCAUAUUUGACUCAUUACUUUCUUUCCGAAAUCUGAACUAAAAUACUGUGUAUUGUGACUACUCAGAAGUUUUAAACUAAGCUACCAAAAAAUUUGAUUUGCAGCAAGCAGCAUAAGAAUUUUUGAAAGACUAGGUAAUGUCUGCCAAUUUAACAAUCUCCUUUAGGCUUUAAAGACCUUGUGGUUUGGAAGCCAUACUUACUUUCCAAGAAGAACUUUCCUAUACUUUUGCUAUAUCUGAUGAAAUGGGUGUUGGUAAAGAUUCUUUUGGCAUUAUGCCAAAAAUAGAAUUUUAGAGAUUGCAGUUCUAGAUGAUGGAGUUUCAUGUUUGGGGCCCCAUAGAAAAGUCUAGGGCUGAAGUUUCUGGCUACAGUCAUACAACAUUUACUUAUUGACUUACACAUCUCAUAGUUUGGGCUCGAUUCUGACAUUCACAAGUGCUAAUGGAGAGGGUCUUUUCUGAUCUCUUAGCCAGAAGCACUUCAGAACUUUAUUCUGUUGUCCUGUUUUCUUUUUUGUAACAAAAGAACUUGAAAAAUAUAGAUAGGGAACAUUUGAGAUUGGGAAACCACUCUGAGAUCAUUUUAAUUUUAAAUGUAACUAAUUCCAAGAAAUUAGAUUUUGCAUGACUUGCAGAAUGAUAAUAUAAAGCCUCCGGGUUUUACAAUCUAAUAGAAUUAUGAGGUUUACUUCUAGAAGUUGUUCAUAGUUAAUAUACCAUUUUGCGGGUAUAUCUACCCCCUUCCACUGCACACCCAUUUAUAUUUGUAUGCUCUACCCUCAGAAAGUUUUAAAACUUAGUUUGGCUCAGAGCCAAAGAGCAAAUGAUGUUCUUUCUAGCUGGCUAUUGUUUUACCUGUGCUUUCACAUUCUGUCUGACCUUCUAUACUCUUAAUCCUUGCCCUACUCAAAAUCUUUACCAGAUGAAAUUUUUUUUUUAAUUUUUUUUUUAACAUUUAUUUACUUUUGAGACAGAGAGAGAGACAGAGCAUGAACGGGGGGAGGGCCAGAGAGAGAGGGAGACACAGAAUCCAAAGCAGGCCCCAGGCUCCGAGCUGUCAGCACAGAGCCCGAUGCGGGGCUUGAACCCACAGAGUGCGAGAUCAUGACCUGAGCCGAAGUCGGACGCUCAACCGACUGAGCCACCCAGGCGCCCCAAGAUGAAGUUUUUAAAGAAAUAUUUUUAAUUACUUUAUCUAUCCUGGAUAAAUAUCAGGACCCUUUUGCAGGCUACCGGUCUCAGUUGAAUAGCAAAUACAGCAAGCAGAAUAAAAUGUUUUUUUUCUGUGAACUUAAUACUAAUACCAUGUUUGACACCCAAAAUGUAAUAUGCUUACAAAUUCUAACUAUGGUCUCCCCCUUCAUGUUGUAAUAAACACUGUUGAUUAAUCUUGAAUUAUCAGUUUAUUGGGGAAAGGGGGGAAACCAUAUUCUUCAACUAGGGAGAAAGAGUUAGAAUUCCAAACAUGCUUUUUUGACAUGAUAGUCAGGAGUAUACUGGUUCCUCUAGUGAAAGCCCUUCAGUGACAUUCAAGGACUCUCCAGUCAUGCCAUAGAACACACAAAGGAUUUGCAGGGUGCAUUUGAGUAGUCUGAAUAUUUGGAUGGUGAAAGUCUGACAGUCUGACACUAGAGAUGCUUCUGGGAAUUGUAUCAACCAUAACAAAAUCAUUCUGUCUGGUUUUUGUCCACCAGAUCCCAAAUUUUGCAGAAAAAGUAAUGACUUUCUAUAGCGUUUUCAGAUUUUACUGAUGAAGCAGUGUAAUACUGGGUCAAAUUUAGUUCAUAGCACCUAUCCUUUGCCAGUUUGAUAACUCAAGGAUGAGAUAAUUCUCCUCCUGUCAUGCCAGAAUAGAAACUGUUCUUUCUCUUCUCACCAGCAAAGGACUUGUACUAGCUCUUUGUUCUUGACUUUCAAACUUUUUUGACCAUGACCCACAAUAAGAAAUGCAUUUUAGGGGUGCCUGGGUGGCUCAUUUGGUUAAGUGUCCGACUUUGGCUUAGGUCAUGAUCUCAUAUUUUGAGAGUUCGAGCCCCACAUCAGACUCUCCGUUGUCAGCACAGAGCCUGCUUUGGAUCCUCUGUCCCCCUUUCUCUCUCCCUCUCUCCCUCUCUCCCUCUCUCCCUGUCUCUGUCUCUCAAAAAUAAACAGUUAAAAAAAAAAAAGAAAUGCAUUUUACACUGUGACCCAGUAUGCUUAUAAACGUAUUAUGCCUAACUAAAACAACGGUUCCAUGGAAGCCUUCCCUUACUCUAUUCUGUGUCAUGUGCUAUCAUAUUUGCUGUUCUGUUUCACGUUUUAUUGAUCUGAUUGUGAACCACGAAAUUGAUUCAUGGCCAUCUAUGGAAUCUUAGUUCAUAGUCAUUAUGUCUUUAGCCCAAGUGAUUGUUUACUGCCACUAAUAAACGCAGUUCUUUGGUGAACACCAUCUUAAUUAUAUCUGUAAUGAGAGACUGUCUUUCAAAAGUUCUCUGGAGUUCAAAGAAGUUAUCUCAUUUGGCCCAUUUCCCACCCUCGUAGUAUGAAAGAACUGGGUUGGUUUUUUUUUUUAACUUCUUAUUUUGAAACAAUUUCAAAUAUUUUAAGAAUAGUACAGAGAACUCUGGUAUAUCCUUCACCCAGAGACCACAUUCAGUUUUUACCAGGUUGUCCCAAUAAUGUUCUUUGUAGCAGAAGGAUCCAAUACAGGAUCACACAUUAGACCUGAUUCUCAUGUCUCUUUAGUCCAUCUUUCCUUGCUUUUCAUGACCUUGAUAUUUCUAAGAUGACAGGCCUGUCAAGUACGUCCCUCAGUUUGGGCCCAGUGUUUCCUCUUAAGUAGACCCAAUUUAUGCAUUUUCUACCACAAUGUUACAGAAGCAGUCCUUUGCUUUUCAUUAUGCCCUAACAAUCUGCCCCACUACUGGUAGUGUUGACCUUUGGCCACUUGAGUAAGAUAGUGUCUGCUAGAUUUCUGCAUAGUACAUCUCCCUUUUCCACUUUUGUGAUUAAUAGGCAAUACUUUGAGAUUAUGUAAAAUCCAGUUCCUCACCCUGUUUUAACCUACUAGCUUUGGUAUCCACUAAUGUUCCUUCCUUGGAUUGACUUUACAUUGGUGUUUGCCAAAUGGUGAUUUUUUUAAAUUUCAUUACUCCUUUACAUUAUUAUUAGGUAUUCUAUUGUAAGGAAGAACUUUCUCUCCUCAUUUAUUUAUAUUAAUGUGUGUUCACGGACUCCUUUUUUGUUCAGUGGGUUAUAACUUUUCACUGUCAUAUUUUGAUGCUCAGUUUAUCUCAAGUUGGCUUUUUAAGCAGGUCUCCAUGUCCUUUUGUUAUGUUCCCAUUAUUGUUAAAGUGCUUCCUUAUUUUCUGACAUAAGAGACCCAGGCUCAUUUUCUUUCCCUGCCCCAGCUCUGGAAUUAGCCAUUUCUCAGGGAGCCGUGUUCCUUUUAUUGGAGAGUACAUGUGGAAACGAUGAUCUGGGCAAUAGGUGUGUGAAAUGCUACUGGAGUGUUGCUCUUCCCCCAUCUCGCAGUGGAGAGAGCUAGGAAAUACACAUAUAGAUACAUUCACUUAGACACGCGCGCGCACACACACACACACACACACUUACAUCUCUAGUUACUUAUGUCGGUAUAUACUGAAAAUCACUGGUUCACACCGAUACCUUCAAUCCUGCAUAUCAUCACAAGGUUUAUUCUAGCUUUACCUUUUUUCUUAUUUAUACCUUCCUUCUCCAAGAUUGAGAAAUCUAGGUCCCAUUACCCUCAAUAUGUUUAUUUAUUGGCUCAACUCCCCUAUAUAAAGCCAAUCUCCUAACUAGACCAGGUUACUGCCUGUCAGCAUUGAGAGGAUCAAGUGAGAUAAUGUAUGUUAAAACACUUAAAAAUAUAAGAGAGUUUACCAUUGUUAGUACUGCCUAGAAUUAGAUGUAAGAUAGAAGUGAAAAGAGACAGGAAUAAUAAUUGGGAGUAACAGGCUUUUACAUUUCCUCUUCAGUUGCCAAUGAGAAAUGAAAUCAUUGUAUAAACCUACAGAAACAUGUCAGGAAACUGAUCAGACUUGUUCUUGCCAUUUCUUUGAGGAAUAAUGUAACCUGGUAACUUUCAUUCUAGAUAGUGAAAAGUAUCCCUCCUUAAUCCUUCCCUAGACAAUCAUGCUUGCUGUGGGAAUGUUACUAUUUAGAUUUACAUCAAUAUUUCUUUUCUAGGUGAAGAGAUCUAAUAGAGAAAAACUCAUUCUUAUCAGAUGAGAUUAACUGUAUAAGUAGGAUCUAAAACGUGAGAUUCAUAGAUCUGAAUUCCCAAAAUAACUGGCCUUUCAGACACAGUAUAAUCUGAUUUGUGGUGGAAUUGAUCAGUCUUAAGUUUUUUAGAUUGGGAAUGAAUUAAAGCCUAUUUUAUUUUAUUUUAUUUUAGAGAGAGAGAGUACAUGAGUUGGGGAGAGGGGCAAAGGGAAAGAGAGAGAGAAUCCCAAGCAGGCACCAUGCCUAGCACUGAGCCCAAUGCAGUGCUCACUCCCACCACCCUGGGACCAUGACCGAAGCCAAAAUCAAGAGUAGGACAUUCAACCAACUGAGCCACCCAGGUGCCCAGGUGCUCUUAUAAACCCUUGUCAACCUAUAUUCCUCAGACCAACCCCCAAAUAGCUGAUCACUUCCCUUCAUUAAUUUAACAAAAUUUGUCAUAAGAAUAAUGAAGAUAUCAAGAUAAUUAGAGGAAAAAAGAGUGGCAUGCUAGGAAGAUUUGAAGGAAAAAGUAUAAAUUUCAUGUAGGAAAAGGGAGAGCAGGGUAGAGUUUCCAAGAGCCCAGAGAGAAGUGAGUUGUUACUUUGGGGAUAAACCCAUUGGCUUAGAAAGCGUUUGGCCUAGAAAUGUUGGAUAGGGUAGUGAUGACAACAGAGUGCAAAAGAUUAAAUUUGAGAUGUUUCAAGGCCAAAUCCAAAAACCUUCAACACCAAGCAAAUAAAUUCCUUUCUUUUUAACUCUUAAUUUUCCCUGUGGGUAACUCAGUCCUGUGGUCUUGCAUUUCUGCUACUGUCUCUUUUCUCUCUUCAUUUCUGACCCCUUCUUUUCCCUUACCUGUAACCCCUUUCCCAUUUGGUCUUCCCUGAUUAUGGUGUUUCAGAAAACUCUGGUAAGCUGUAUACUUAGAGACUCAGCCAUGAAAGUCUGCAAUAUACAGAGAGCUUCCUUUGCAGUGGGCCAAAGUUUCAGUUUGCUGGGCUUCCUUGUGGUGCGGCAGGAACGACAGGUCAUUAAAAUGGAACACAAAGGGCCUGAAGGUGCUUUGACUGAUGUGUCUGUCAGGGCUUUGUUACUUAAGAGAUCCAGAAGUUGAAAAGUCCCCAUCUGAUAUUUAGCAAACUGUUCAGAGAAGUCCGCCGUUGAACGUGCUGCUUACUCCAGCCGAAGCAGUGGAUACCAGAAGGUUGGUGGGCUUUGCCCCUGAGCAUGUCCCCAAAGAGCCUCCCUUUAUUCCUAGAAGCUGGCAGGCUUUCUUUUCUUCCUGCAAGUGGCAACCCGAAUUCUGAGUUGAAAGUGAAUCUUUGCCCUUGGCUCUUCUCCAGCAUUCCUCGCUGAGCGAAUAGGGAUUUGGAAUGUCAGAAAAUAGAAGAGGGGAGGGGAAAAGAUGUGUGUAUGACUGUGAGUGUUUAUAUGUAAAAGCAGCCUCAUCUGGGAGGACUCAGGGAAACUUGACUUCCUCAGACGGCUUCCUUCUCAUAAACUCUUGGUUCCUUAUUUGUAGUUUUUUGUUUUUGGGGGGUUUUUUUGAGUUGUUUAACCUGAAUUUAUCACAGCAGUUCUAAACCCCUUCCAGCCCAGUGGAGUCCAGCUAAGGAAAGACGGCAUGAUUUCCAGAGGAUUUCUAUUUCUUCCCUCUGGAUAAAGCGAUGGUAGUUCGUCCCAGGCUCGUCUCCGACAGGAUCCAAGGUCAUCUUUCCUCUGGGAUUUAAUCUGGUGUCAUCGGGAACCUAGACUCAGGUUUUACUGGGGAGCAAGUCUCAAUAAGAAGUGUCCUUUUGGGAGAAUCAAGGACUCAAUCUAGGCAUAAAAGGUGUGGCUCAGCACAGCACCCUCACCGUAAGCUACAAGUCCUGGGCACUUGUGGUUGAAGCUGAACUGAAAAUAUUGAUGGAGCACGCCUCUCAGACUCUGUUUAACUGUGGACUGGCUUAGAGCGCAAGACUAUAAUUUACAGGGUGGCUUUUAUCCUUUAUUUAGUUCUAUCCAAAGUCUUCUUGCAUCAACUGAAAGGAGAGAUUCUGUGAGGGUAACCUGCAGGGGCACUUUCUCAGCUUUGUGUGAAGAAUCCAGUGGUUGAGUGUCUGUCUACAUCCUGAGGAAUCAUGUCCUCUUUAUAUACCCGAAGUAAAGAAUUCACUCGGAAUAGGAAGUCUCAGUCUGAUUCUCCCCCAGCAUCUCCCUCCCCGACUGCCAAGACGCUCCGACAUGAAAGACUUUCUAGGUUGGAAUCAGGAGGUAGCAACCCUACCAGCAGUGAUUCUUACGGUGACCGUGACCGGGCUUCAGCAAGAGCCCGACGGGAGGCACGGGAGGCCCGCCUCGCCAGCCUGAGCAGCCGCGCGGAAGAGGACACCAACAGGGAUUAUAAAAAACUCUACGAGAGUGCCCUAACCGAAAACCAAAAACUGAAAACAAAACUUCAAGAGGCCCAGCUAGAGCUAGCAGAUAUAAAGUCCAAGCUUGAGAAGAUGGCCCAGCAGAAACAAGAAAAGACCUCUGACCGAUCGUCGAUGCUGGAGAUGGAGAAACGGGAGAGGAGAGCCUUGGAGCGGAAAAUGUCCGAGAUGGAGGAGGAGAUGAAGGUGUUAACAGAACUGAAAUCCGACAACCAGAGGCUGAAAGAUGAAAAUGGUGCCCUCAUCAGAGUCAUCAGCAAACUGUCCAAAUAGACUAGGCUCCAGAUUUAGGAGGGAUAGGACGGCAUUUGCUGCCCCCAUGCCUCUUUUCCAGCCAUUGUCUUCCAACCAAAAGAAGUGAAUGUUUUGGUGGAAGGACCACUUCUUUCUGCCCCUCUUCCAGUCACCUUCUCUGCACUGUACAUUUCCUCUGCACUCUCAGUGCCCUGUUCCUCCUAUACCCCCACCCCCUGAGUUUUAUGACAGUUUUAAUUGAAGCAUGAUUGUGAUAAUUGGAGCCAUUCGAGCCAUCUGGAGAAGGCCUUGGGGAGUACACCAGGCUCAGCUGUGGACCCCAACUUCCUGCUGCUCAGCUACUUGUCCACAUUGGAUUUGGUCCAAACAUGUAAGGCCUCUACCCAAACCAGUACCCCACAGCCUUUCACGCUCUUCCAGUGUCCUCUGAUAUAGGUGAGUCUUAUGGUGGCCACUCCAGGAUCCUGUCUGGGAUGCCAAGAGAAACAGGAUGUUGGCAAAAUCAUCCGACAGCUUCUGGAGCUGUGUUUCCAUUAGAUUCAAGGUGACAGUGACUCUGCAUUGAAGGUCUCUGCUAGUCUUCACCUCAGGAACUGACUUUUCUCUAACUCCUUGCUGGUGUUACUGUUAUUUUUUCUAUCAACAACCCAGUAACAUCCCUGACUAGUCUUAACUCCUACUCCUCCCUCAUGCCUCGUCCCCUUCCCCAGGGCUCAGAUGACCCUGGCUUCAUUUAUUCCUUUCCUUUCUAUCCUUUUAUUUUUCUUUCUGUCUCCCCUCCACCACCUCACCACAUGGUGUAAAAGCUAGAACGGAGCAUCUGACCUCCCUUGCCUUUGGCCAUUAUGGAAAGUCAUUUCUCCUGGGGCACUCUGGAGACCAGAAGAAUUGCCUUGGUGGCAGCACCACCGGCCUUCUCGCUGAAAAGCCAGACCAUGGCAUAAAUGUCAGCCCACUGUUCUCAUCUCCUACAUGUUUUCCCUACACAGUGAGUUUCUUUAGUAGAAAAUCUGGGCUCUGAACACCCCAUUCCGCCUCACCGCCUUUUGACCUUGUUUUCCUCUCUUCACUCUGGCACCUGCUCCUAAUGAAAAAGGAAGUCCUCACAAGGAGGCAUGAGAGCUGAGGAGGGUAGAUUGAUGGGAGGUAGACUAGGGAAUGAAAGCAGGUUGGAAAGACAUAUGGUAUAAAGUAGAGUAGCUGGGGACACUUGCAACCUCGUGACAAAGAAGGUACAAGAUGGCAGCCCAUCGUGCUGUGAUAAUGGUGGUGAAUGUGACUGUUUCUGGUGGCUAGAUUUAGGGGAGAGACCUUUGUUUCCUUAGAAGCCAGCAGGAACAAUGACUUCUUAACAGAGGUUGAAAGUGAUGAGAUCCUUCCAACCCAUUCAUGAGAGUCAUGGAAUCUUUGGCAAAGCCCAGAGAUCGUAUGAUGGAGCUUUCCAUUGUUGUGUCACAGGGACCCCCCCCCCCCACACACACACACACAUACCACGGUCAGGUGUUCCCUGGUGGCUGUGCACUUAAUCCUUGGAAGUUGGGCAAGUCUGAUAACCAGAAAGUUUUUCCUAACAUGAGUUAAGGUCUGCCUGUGGAUUCUCCACGUUGUCCAGUACUGCCCUUUGAUGUGACAACCCUUCAGAUAUGUGGAGGCGGGGAUGGGGAUCUCCCCUUAACCUUACUUGCAGCUGAUGUUUCCCCAGUCCUUUGGGGCACUCCCCACAUGGCAUACUUUUCCUGUCUGUCACAUCUCGUCUGUCGUCUCUUGGAAAAAAACAGCCUUUUAAAAUAUGCCCAGACCUGGACAGAUACUCCAUUAGCACAAAAUUAAACCAUUGGUCCUUGGUGAUGACCCAAUAUUAAUACUCAACGUAUUUGCUCUUUAUCGGUAUUCUCCCUUGGUUCGUUUAUUUUGAGUAUGCAAGUCAUUUAAAUUCUCCUCAUUUGAGAGCUGCCCGUGAUAUUCAGCGCUUUGAGUGAUCCAUUCUCUUAACAUAUACUACCUCUGUCCAUUUUUUAUUUCUUUCCAGAAAAUGACAAUAUAGUUCUCCAUGGCUCUUUGAAACAUUACAUGCUCUUUAAACCAGAGGCUAUAAUUCAAGAUCCUAAUUCCAAAAUAGGAAAUAUGUCUCCCCUGGCAAAACCCCAUUUUUAGAGUAUACAGAAGUCUCUCUUCCAUUUCCAACUAUUUUCCAAGAGAAGCUGCUACUGAUUAGGAUUUUGUAUGAUCAUGGGAGCGCUGUGCACUCAGUUCUCAGGGAAUGCUAAAUUAGAGUAAAAUGUUUCCUUGCUUCCACUACAAACAUCUCCUUCAUUCUAGGGAGAGGGGAAAUCAACACAAGGUGUUGAGUAAUUGGUUCUUCUGGCACAUCCUGGACGUUGGGCAAGGGAUGGGGGUGGUUGCUGCCUCUUUCUCAGAAAAAGAAUUAUUAGGAAAACAUUUUGACCCUCUUCCGUUAGAUAGACAGGGUAAAGGGGGUUACAGAGAGUUCCUCAGAUCUGUUUGUGUCUUUCAAAACCGUGGGACAGAGUCUAAAAACUCUUAGGGUGGUGUUAUGCCCCUGCUGCUUCACACAGCCCUUUCACAUUAAAGAUGCCUUUUCUUGCCAGAAAAGUUUUCCUUGUGAUGAAAAAUUAACAAGCUUCUCAAUCUCAGGAAUAUUGAAUUCUAUGGCCAAGAGCUCAUGAAAGUGUAAACCACGCUAGGUAAUUUCAGGCACUCUCUCCUAUGCAAUUAAUUUUAUUAGACAGAUAGACUCUGAAUUCUGGUCCCUUUCCAGAAAAUAAAACACCCUUUCUUCACAGUUGGAUUGACUGGAAGCCCCAGGAGUGAUGGUUAGAGACCUAAUGACCAGCUGUGCACCCUGGGUGCCAGCCACAGCAGGCCUCCCUUCUCUUGUGCUGUUGGUCUCUCUGGUGGCCACAGAACUUCUGUCCUCAACCUGCUGGUUUGGAUGCCCGUGAGCACCCCAGAUAGCUCAAAGCUGCAGGAAUACUGCCAGUCUGGCCAACAAUUUGGGGCCCGGCUGUGUCACUUUAGUCUUUACAUGAAAUAUCAGAAUGAGGAGGAGAAGGUUCUCAGUACAGCUUUAUAUCCUCUGUUCUCAUUAAUUUGAUAUUUUUCAAAACCAAGCCACACCUUUGGGAGUAAUGGUUUGGCCAUUCCAGAGAUUCUCUGGCUGAAGUUUCACUGCGUUGCCUAUUUGUCUUUCAAGGGCUGCUUAUUCUUUUCCAGAUAGCUCUUGGGCAUGAUGGCCUCUGACCCCAGUCCCGGUCUCUAGUGCAACAGGGUUAUGCAAAUCUUGGGGUGUUGCCUUGAAAGAAUCUAAAGAAUAGACCUGCCCUGGGCUUAUUCAGUGCACUGAAUUCUCUUUUGGGCAGUCUCACUUGAUAUUUCCUGGAACCUCCCUGCCGUGUCCUAUCCAACAGCAGAAUGUGUUCUCUUCUCUUCUGGGCCUUCCUGUCCCCCAUUCCAUGUUUGAGACCAAGAUGCAUGCAUUGCUGUCUGAGGCCACUGGUGGAAGGAGGCUUCAGAUCUCUGGUUUGGAUCAUUUCACAUGCUUUCCCUGCCCAAAACAAAACGUGCUUAUUGGGCAGUUCCAAGAAGGCUGAAACCCCACAUAUCAGCCUAUGAAUCCCACAAAAAUGUGUGUGAACUGUCUUGCUAUCAGGGGCUUUUAACUGAGCCAGAGAUGAGAAAAGAAACUCUCAAGGCCAUGCAAUUGGUUCGGUCUCUGGAUUUCUGGCCCCAGUGCAGCCUCUCCUCACCAGACAGACAGAUACACUGCCUCCCCUCCGAGAAUGGCCAGCGUUUCAGCCCUGGCCGCUGGCACAGGAGAAGGUCCUGGCGACGUGGGUGCCCUCUGUGUGCGGUGGUGGGUGCAAGGUGAGCAGAAGCGGCAUGGACAUGAGAGAACUAUUUAAUGUGUUGUCAGCUAUUCGGCCUCCAGGCUGCUUUGCACCACAAAAGGGAAAGUGUGUAAAGGAUUCGGCAACUGAGCCAAUAGGCAGGGGGGACACCUAAUUCCACCCCACCCAGUGAGCCACCAUUUCCACUAGAGCUUAAGGACGUCACACCACAUGGACCCCGGCUGGUGUCCUUCUCUUCCAGCCAUUCUCAGGGGCCGUCGUUUGUGCUAACACUGCACCUAACUUUAGACACACAGUUGUCAAUUAUUGGUGGUCCCUGCCCAAAUCUAGGCCCAACUGUAACUGCAGAUCUUGGCCUCCGUGCUGGUUUUUAAGGCAGAUUUCAACCCAUCAAAGGAUGUGAUUCCUCUGACCCAAUAAGCAAGACAGCUUUGAGGGCAGAAUAAGGCAACAUGAAGGGAUAAGCCCCUAGGAGUCAGAACAUCGGAUUCGAGGGCCAACUCUUGGGACCUUGGGAAAGGCACCUUCCCUGUCUGCAAAUGGCGGUGGGACUGAUAAUCCUUGAGAUCCCUUCUAGGCUUCAGAUUCUGUGAUUUGUUUAUACCUAGGAAUUUCAGAAUAUUUCUUACACUCAGAAUUUUUGCUCUUUCCAAGGGCAAAAAUUCUUGGUUUCUUCUGGAUUCAAACUGUUUUAACAUCAGCAAGUCAAGGUUGGCUUCUCAUCCUUGUUAGAAAGUGAAUUUAAUACUGAGGGUAAUUGAAUGGUGUUGGCAAUUGCUUUUCCUCCUAAUGGCUGGGUAAGAAUAUUAAAACCUGCAGAGGUGGAAAUUGGAGCUCAUGGGGAAAUGGAUACAAAGCAAUUUGUUGCAGGCAGCCUUUGGACAAAUUGUUUUAAUAGGAAAUAGAGCUGCUCCUUCAUAGAUUUCCUCCACCUACCUUUCCUCCACCUUCUCGAAUGUGGUCUACGUGGCCGUUUGCAUCCAAAGAGCAGACAUUGCCUUUCUGCUUAGCACCAGCUUGCUCAUAGUCUUAAAUUCUGCCCUGUAGCAGCAAGAGAAUUUUCCUCAGUGAGAACCUCAGCCUUUAGUUCUGUUGAGCUCCUCUGGAUUCUGGACUAGAAGUAGGAGGUUCCAGUGCUGUUCACGAUGGUCCUUCCUUUAAGCAGGUCUUCAGGAGCACUCUACCAGGGCAGUAAAAGCUUUAGACCCUAAGUCCACACAGCCGUAUUGCAUAGAACAGCACUCAGCCCUGACAAGCCUCCUGCAGGACCGGGUGUGAGCAGAGUGGAAGGACAGAGACCCUGAAAAGGGAGGUGGCCAUGAGCUGCAGUGGGAAGGUGGGAAGAAGGCAGAACAAAGAGCAGCGUGGAGGCCGCCAGCCCCAGAGGAAGGGGUCACUGAGCCGUGGAGCCGCAUGCAGGGGAAUGAGUGCUGGCUCUCUGGUGCCCUCAUCCUUUGGCCCCCAGCGGAGCGCAGAUUUUAAUCAGCUUCCCUAAUGGGUAUCGACAUUGCUCGGGAGCAGCGGACCCUAUCAGGGAACAGCUAUUGAUCGCUUGUGUUCUGAUUAGAUUGGAAAACAGAUCAACUUCGCUGCUGCCCAGGAACUGUUAUUGUCACAGCUACUCGGGAAGGAGGUGGUCUCUGGGGACGGAGAAAAACCAAAUCGAGAAUCUUGACUAGCCUGCCAACGACUACAGGGGAAGAGACGCAUUCACUUGUCCUUUGAGAUUUGUGGGUGAGCGUCAAAUUGUACCUAGUGUGGCUUGCAACCCAGUGUCCCGGAAGCCCCUCAGGAAGAACUGUAAUAAGAGGCUGUGUUUACAGACAGGCACCACCGAUGAGUGAUGAAUUGACGAAUGAUCUUACCUAAAGAGGUUUAACAAUUUGGAGAGCACUCUGGCUUCCAGCCUGUGUGCAUACACAUGCACAUUUGCUAGCACAGAGCUUUCAGAAGGAAGUCUGGCAUAUUCUUGAUGAACCAGUUUUAUCCAAGUGUAUUGUCCUGUUCAUUCUUUUUAUUUUAUAUUUUGCUUUCCCCCUGCCGUUCCAGUCCCCUAAAGGACUUCUCCCUGAGCCAUUCUCCCAUCUGCUUAUCAUUUUGGACUGUGAUUCUUCCAGAGUGAUACUUUCCGUUAUUUCUCCAAAUUUCCCCCUCACGCUUCCAAUAAACUUCUUGGGUGUCCCCUUAAAGUAACAUGAGGGUGCUCUUAUGUCCUUCUCCCCCCCCCCCCCACCCCGGGAAAACAUACCAUUCACCCUUCCUCUCUCAUCUUCCUCCAUUCUUUGUUCUUUGCUUUUCUCACUUGGCGCUGAUGGUACUUAGGGGAGGAGGUUUUCCACAAAUCAGCCAUGAUUCCUGGAGGAGUUCCAUACGCCAACAACUACCACCACCACCACCCUCUUCUAGUUUCAGAGGUCCCUGGCUGUGCCAAUGGCCUCUCGGAAAUGAGGUUUGAAUGGCGGGCCUGUUCGACUUCUCCACAGACUGGCCAGAGAGACCAUGGGUAGCCGUGUCUAGUUUUUGUUCUGAGAGUUUUGACUAUUUCCAGCUAGAGACAGAGUGUCUUCUCAGAAGAAAACUUCAGCCCAUUGCUGCCUUGCAGGAGAAGAUUCAGGAAAGGCACAGUGACUGCAGUGAGCCUGUCUGAGCCUCUGAAGUCCCACAAAACCAGAGUUGGGGGAUGAGUGCAGAUCCUGAACAGGGACAUGUGAUGUCAGCAUUUACUAGACUCUCACCUUAACAUAUCUGACCUUGCCUUUUCUCCCUCCCACACCACUGAAGCCUGGGACAGAUCCCAGUGUGUCCUCUGGUGAAGAAGGCCAAAUAAUGAGCCAUUAGAGGAAGAAGGACGUAGGGGCUCAAGCACAGAACACCAGCAGGGGUAGGAGAGGGUUCUGGAAGGAUGCACAAAUCCACAAUAACUCUGCUUCUAGUUCGUGUCCCUCGAGCCCUUGAACGAUCGGGCCUGCCACCUAGCUGGCACCUAAGUAGGGCCAUCAUCUCCCUGAAGAGGGAGGGAACACGUUUUGCCCAUGCACUCCCUGCUCUCGGAGAAUGUACGGACUUACGCCAUUCAGACUCAGCCUUUGUCUUUAUGGCUUCCCUCCCUCCGUUCUUCCUCUGCCUUGACCUUGAUCAGAUAGGGGCGAGAAGAGCUUAUAAGAACCGCUCUGGGGUCUUCAUGCCUCUCCCAUUUUCAGGGUUGAAUUUUGUGUCUUCUCCACUCACUCCACUCUUCACUCCCGACCUCACUUCCACCGCAGUUCAAGCGCCAGAAGUAACGUUUCCAGCUGAGUUGUGUGGAUUAAUUUCAGUCCCUUGUAAAUACACCUGGGGCGGGCUAGGGGCAUUUAGGGAGGGGAGCCAGAUUCGCUUUGUGAAUUGAAUGUAUUUUUAUGCAAUUUUGAGUGGCCUUUCAACCCUGAGAUGAAUGAUUUUGUUUUACUGGUUGUUAUUAUAUAGUAUUAUUAAGUAUUCUGUGUUUGAAAGUUUGGGAAUAAUAAUAUUCACAUCUAUAUGAUGCCUGUAAACACAACCAUAUUUAUAAAUGAGUAAAUAAAACCGUGUUUUAACUUUGUGA